AUACCGACCAUGUGGCAGUUUAUACUCUUCACAUUUUUCGCCGUAACGACGCCUACUUUUGCAGCGACUUUCACUUUCUCCUCCUAUUAUCAUGACCACAUGGUACUACAGCAGAGUUCAACCGGAACCAGCAUCUGGGGACACUCUAGCAAAGUUGGUGACGUAGUGCACAUAAAACUAAACAACAAUGAGGUUGCCAGGGCCACUGUUAAUAGUCAUCAAAUUUGGGAAGCGAAGUUCACAAGUCCUACAGACCACGGUCCAUACACCGUGUCUGCUGCGUCAAGUCUUGGAACAGUUCAGAUUCAAGAUGUUCUCUUUGGUGACGUCUGGGUUUGUUCAGGACAAAGCAAUAUGGAGUUUUUUGCCUCUAGGCUCUUAAAUGCGACCGAAGAAUAUGCAGAUAGUGCAAAUUACCAAAACAUCCGUCUAUUUCACGUUCACAGAGAAUUCUCGCCAACAGUUUUUACAGAUGUUAAACACAUAGAUGCAGCGUGGUUAAAACCAAAUCAGCAGAGUCUUCUAAAGUUUUCAGCUGUUUGUUGGCUUUAUGGAAAAUUCUUGUCUCAACACUUCAACUAUCCCAUUGGACUGGUUGAGACAAACUGGGGUGGUACAAGAAUAGAGGCCUGGUCGUCACCAGAUGCCUUAUCUGCGUGUGCUGGAGUCCAUGGUCGAAAAAGGAACCAGUAUUCAAAUAGUCAACUGUACAAUUCGAUGGUUUACCCGCUGCUGAGAAAUACGAUCAAAGGUGUUAUCUGGUACCAAGGAGAAUCAAACGCCAAACAAGCAUAUCAUUACUCGUGUCAGUUUCUUGAAAUGAUAAAAGACUGGAGAAUGAAAUUCACCAAAGCGUCGCUGGGAACAACCAAUCCAUCUUUUCCCUUCGGAUUCGUACAGUUAGCACCAUGGAGAGAAGGGGAGACAUACCUUGGCUUUCCUCAGCUUCGCUGGGCACAAACAGCUAAUAUCGGAUACGUUCCCAAUUCACUUCUGCACAAUGUUUUCAUGGCUGUAGCUAUUGAUUUACCCGAUUUUCAGUCACCCUAUGGAAACAUACAUCCGAGGUACAAACAUGACGUAGCCUACCGGUUGUACCUUUCAGCCCUGGGUGUAGCCUAUCAUGAGAGAGAUGUGGACUUUGAGGGACCUUUUCCUACGUCUGCUGUGGUUGACAGCACACACCGCCAUCUCAUUAUAGAGUACGGGCGCGGACUAACGCCUAUUGAAGUCAGAUCAAAUACUGGUUUCGAGGUAUGCUGCGUAAAUAAGACCACAACCUAUUGUAAUGGAUUUGAUACUCAUUGGAUGAACGUUACGAUGACGUCACAUGAUUUUGCUACUGUAACCUUGGAUAUUUCUUCGUGUGGCCAUGGAAACCACGUGGCCCAGGUCAGAUACGCUUGGCGGGAGAGUCCCUGUCCUUUCUAUAAUUGCGCUGUUUAUGGAAAAAUAAACAAUUUGCCCGGACCGCCAUUUACAUUCCACGUUAGUUCAUAA